ACACGGAAGUAGCAUUGGAGUAGACUUUGUCAAAUAUAUAUAUAUAACUAACCCCAGAUAGUUGAUCUGUGUAGUUUAGUGGGUGCAAAUUAAGCAUAGUGGAAAGAACAAGCAAGUAAGUGGGUAAAGCUCCUAUUGGCGUGUUGUAGAACAUUUCAGGGAACCCCUCCUCUGUGAAGUGCGCCUGUGCACAAACCCAUUCUGUCUGUGUUGAUGUUGCAUGCAAUUGUGUGGAGUAGAGAAUGACAUAGCCUACUGUCUGAACUAAAUUACCUACCAAACUCACAUUCGACGGAAAAUGUAUCAACUACAGUUAUUGCGUGUGUUUUUAAAUGAGCGUUUAACCGCGGCUGCUGUGGAGAUUUUCGGGGCAGUUGAGAAAACGGUAGUGGAGUACCAGGAGGAGAAUGAUCGGCUACGGAGACUGCUGUGGAUCACGCCGGAGAUAAAACAAUGUAGAAUAGACUCCCUGCAGCUCUCUCUCGCUGUCUCUGAAGAGGAGGUUCCCUCUGAGCAGCAGCACUGUGAGCAGGAGUGGAGCCCCAGUCUGGGGCAGGAGGACCCCGAGCCCACACAGAUUAAAGAGGAACAGGAGGAAGUCAGGACCAGUCAGAAGGAAGAGCAGUUUCAAGGGCUGGAGGCUGAUAUCAUAGACUUCCAAUACACUCCUCCUUGUGUGAAAAGUGAAUGUGAUCAGGAGGACCCAGUUUGGUCCUUGACUCUUCCCCAAACCCAGACUGUGGAAAACAGAGAGUGUGACUUUAUACCAGUGGAUCUCAAACCUUUUGGCACUGUGACUCACCUAAAGAGUCUCGCCAUUCCCCGUAACCCUCCAGAUAAUGAUAACAAUGCCUCCAGCCACAGCUCAGCCAUAAGCAGAGACCCAGUAGGACUUGACAGCAGCCCACAAUUGGAUUCCAGCCCACCAUUGGAUCCCCACCCACCACUGGAGAAACUUUCUUCCAAACCCAGCAUGACGUCUACAAAAACUCACCGCUGCUGUGACUGUGGUGAAAUGUUUGCUCCAAAAGCUCUAAACAAGAAGAGACCCAGCGAAUGCUGCUUCUGUAAAACCUGUACACUGAAGGCCCAUGUCCGACUCUAUCACAUGGAGAAACCCUGCACCUGCCCUGAUUGUGGCAAGUCAUUCAAAUACAAAGGAGAUCUGUCCAGGCACAUGAGGAUUCACACAGGAGAGAAAUAUUUUAGCUGUGGUGACUGUGGGAAAAGUUUCAGUCUCAAGGGGAACCUAAUGAAGCAUAAACUGACUCACACAGGAACAAAACCAUUUAGCUGUGGUGACUGUGGGAAGAGCUUCAAUCGAAAGGAGAACCUAACCAUGCAUAUACGUACUCACACAGGAGAGAAGCCAUUUAGCUGUGUUGACUGUGGGAAAAGCUUCAGUCUCAAGGGGAACCUAAUGAAGCAUAAACUGACUCACACGGGAGCAAAACCAUUUAGCUGUGGUGACUGUGGGAAAAGCUUCACUGUCAAGGGGAACCUAACCACGCACAAACUGACUCACACAGGGGAAAAACCAUUUAGCUGUGGUGACUGUGGGAAGAGCUUCAAUCGCAAGAAAACCCUAACCAUGCAUACGUAUUCACACAGGGGAGAAAUCAUUUAGCUGUAGUGACUGGGAAAAGCUUCAGCGUCAAGAGGAACCUAAUUGUGCACAAACGGACUCACACAGGACAGAAACCAUUUAGCUGUGGUGACAGUGAGAAAAGCUUCAGUCAGAAAGGGGACCUAGAGGGGCUCAUACUGACUCAAACAAGAAAUAAAGACUUUUAAUGUGGUGACUGCAGGAAAGAUUUAGUGCCAAGGGGAAUCUAACCACUCAUAAACUGACAAAGGAGUGAAACAACAUGGCUGCUCAGUCUGUGGUAAAAUAUUCACUCAGAAGGCUUAUCUGCUGAAGCACGUCCACAAAGAAAGAAAAUAGGAAGAAAACUGAAAGAAAAAUGUAAUUAGGACAUAGAGAUCUGUCAGUAGAUGGGAAUAAAAAGGCAGGAUAUGGACAACACUUUUAGGAAAAGCAAAGCAAAUCUGGAUCAUUAAUGCUGUGGGUUUCAGAUAAAUAGAUCUAUAAUGGAUACUUUUGUAAUACGUAUGUAAAUAAAGUUUGAUUUAACUUGAAUGAUGACUGGAAGUGUGUGGAGACAUUUUCCUUCCAGCAUCUUCACUAAUCUAUUUUGGGUGUGCGGUAGAUUCUGCCUAUUAUCUACAUGGAAUUUUCAUCACAUGUAAAAUAUAUAGAAUAAGAUUUUCAAAUAAAAGAAAUUGAAUGACAUAUCUGUAAAACAUGAUCCUAAAUAUAACACAUCAAUUUAGUGAAUACCAUUGGUGUUUAAUAUGAAGCUUUAAGCAUGAAAUAUCUUUUAUAUUUUUACUUUUAUUUAUCUUACUUUGUCUUUGUUUUAAAUGUUUUAGCGCAGUUGUGAAAAAAGUCAAUAGUUGGAAGAGUUGCAGAGGGAAUUGAAAAUAAUGCCAUUGUUAAUUAAUGUUUUUUUUUGUAUUAAUUAGGCUAUUUUCUCUUGAAACAUAUGGUCUCUCUACUAGAAACUCAUGGACAAUAUGGACACAGAUAUAAAAAAAGUUAUACUUUAUAUGAUUAGAAUUUUUAAGUUAUUCAAAGUCAAAUUUAUGCAAGUAUAAAUUACCAUAGAUUGCCAUAGAUUACCUAUUUAAUUACCAAGAAUUAUGGUAACACUGGUAAUUUACCGGUAGUUUUACAACCCUAGGCCAGACUGCUGUUAUUGAUACAUUAAAUAUAUACUUUCCAGAAAA